GCGUACGCAUGCGCGCUGAGCUGCGUGCCAUUUCCUGGAUUCCUUGACAGGCCCAAAUCAGGGAGCGAGAAGAGAAGAGAGUAGCCGGAGUGAAUUCGUGUCGACUGUCCAGAGUCCGCGAAUUCAGGUCCGUCCACCAGGUGAACACCCGAGAGCCAACAUCCUUGCGAACAUUUCUUCAAGAAGCGGAGCAUCGGUUCAGGCAGAGGUGCGCAUUAUUUGAAGACAAUGUCACUCCACCAGUUUUUGUUGGAACCCAUCACAUGCCAUGCGUGGAACCGGGACAGGACCCAAAUUGCUAUCAGUCCAAACAACCAUGAAGUCCAUAUAUACAAGAAAAGUGGGAAUCAGUGGGUGAAAGCUCACGAAUUAAAAGAACACAAUGGGCACAUCACAGGCAUUGAUUGGGCUCCUAAAAGUGAUCGUAUUGUGACCUGUGGAGCUGACCGUAAUGCUUAUGUAUGGAGUCAAAAGGACGGCGUGUGGAAACCCACCCUUGUUAUUCUCAGGAUCAACCGUGCUGCCACGUUUGUGAAAUGGUCUCCGCUGGAGAACAAGUUUGCAGUGGGGAGGGGAGCACGACUCAUAUCCGUUUGCUACUUUGAGUCUGAAAAUGAUUGGUGGGUUAGUAAACACAUCAAGAAGCCCAUCCGUUCAACUGUCCUCAGUUUAGACUGGCAUCCAAAUAAUGUGCUUCUGGCAGCUGGGUCAUGUGACUUCAAAUGCAGGGUAUUCUCUGCGUACAUCAAGGAGGUGGAUGAGAAACCAGCUCCAACCCCAUGGGGGUCCAAAAUGCCCUUUGGGCAGGUGAUGUCAGAGUUUGGCGGGGCAGGAAGUGGAGGAUGGGUUCACAGCGUCUGUUUCUCAGCCAGUGGGAACAGACUGGCUUGGGUCAGCCAUGACAGCACCGUCACUGUAGUGGACCCCACAAUAAGCUCAACGUGAGUAUUGGAAAUGGU